UUUAUUCUGCGUCGCAUCUGAAUCAUAUUCAUCGGAGAGGAGCAUUUGAUCUCUGGCUUCGAUUUCUCGUCUUCAGAUCUCUCCGACAAUCUCUGAGAUCUGAAAAUCUGUAAUUUCGUCUGACGGGGAAGAAUAAGAAUUAGAAGAUGUACGGAUUCGAGGCUUUGACGUUCAACAUCCAUGGCGGUUACUUGGAAGCGAUCGUGAGGGGCCACCGCGCCGGACUCCUCACCGCCGCCGAUUACAACAAUCUGUGCCAGUGCGAAACCCUGGAUGACAUCAAGAUGCAUCUCUCCGCCACCAAAUACGGUCCUUACCUCCAAAACGAACCUUCUCCCCUGCAUACCACAACAAUCGUGGAAAAGUGCACCCUUAAAUUGGUUGAUGAUUAUAAGCAUAUGCUGUGCCAAGCGACCGAGCCUUUGUCAACCUUCCUAGAGUACAUCAGAUAUGGUCACAUGAUUGACAAUGUCGUACUGAUUGUGACCGGAACGCUGCAUGAGAGAGAUGUUCAGGAGCUGCUAGAGAAAUGCCACCCUUUAGGCAUGUUUGACAGUAUUGCUACACUAGCAGUUGCUCAAAACAUGCGGGAGCUCUACAGAUUGGUGCUUGUGGACACUCCUUUGGCUCCAUACUUUUCUGAAUGCUUAACGUCAGAGGAUUUGGAUGACAUGAACAUAGAGAUUAUGAGGAACACCCUCUACAAGGCAUACCUUGAGGAUUUUUACAAGUUCUGCCAGAAACUUGGUGGUGCAACAGCAGAGAUCAUGUCUGACCUUUUGGCCUUUGAAGCUGACAGAAGGGCCGUGAAUAUAACCAUCAACAGUAUUGGCACUGAGCUCACAAGAGAAGACCGAAAGAAACUGUACUCUAACUUUGGUCUCCUCUAUCCAUAUGGUCAUGAGGAGCUUGCAGUCUGUGAGGAUCUAGAUCAGGUUCGUGGUGUUAUGGAGAAAUACCCUCCGUAUCAAGCCAUUUUCUCCAAGUUAUCCUAUGGAGAGAGCCAGAUGCUGGACAAGGCAUUUUAUGAAGAAGAGGUCAGAAGGCUAUGCCUAGCCUUCGAGCAACAGUUCCAUUACGCGGUGUUCUUUGCGUACAUGAGGUUGAGGGAGCAAGAGAUCAGGAACUUGAUGUGGAUAUCUGAGUGUGUGGCCCAGAACCAGAAGUCCAGGAUCCAUGACAGUGUUGUCUUCAUCUUCUGAUUCUGAAUAUGGAGAAAACAUAUGAGAAAUCUGUAAUGUUUUCCUGUUGGAGUAUGAAUCCUUUUGGUUUGAGCAGUUCUGCUGCUGUAACAUCUUUGCUCACACAUACUUUCACUUUGGUCUGAGCGAGUGUUUGUAUUCAUUGAGAAGCCUCCGCCCCAAUAAGAAGAAUCUCCAUAUUCGUUUGUCUCUUUGUUUGUUCUUUGCCAUUUUGCUUGGUUCUUGUAAUAAUAAAUAAACUCUUGUAAUUUUUCA